AAAAAAAAAAAAGAUAUAAAGGUAGAUUAAAUUUAAAAGAAAAAACAUAAUUAAGCAGUAAUUCGAACUUAUUUAAGACGUUGUAUCUGUUUUUAAGGAUAAUGAAUAUAGUCCGAGAAAUUACUCGAAUUAACGCAGCUCAAAUUGGAGCAUCAGAAUCAGAAUCAUGGCACGCUCAAUAUAAAGAUAGUGCAUAUAUUUAUAUUGGCGGCUUACCAUAUGAAUUAACAGAAGGAGAUAUUAUUUGUAUUUUUAGCCAGUAUGGGGAGCCAUUGGAUAUAAAUCUUGUGCGAGACAAAAAAACGGGGAAAUCUAAGGGAUUUUGUUUUUUAAAAUAUGAAGAUCAACGUUCAACAAUUCUUGCGGUUGAUAAUAUGAGUGGAGCAAAAGUUCUUGGAAGGACAUUAAGAGUCGAUCAUGUUUUGAAUUAUAGACAUCCUAAACAAAAUAGCGAUGACGAAGAAUCAGGAAAACUGGGAAUGAAUGCAGCACCACCAAUUUUGUAUCAAGAUAUACAAAAAACAAAAAAAGAGUCGGAUGAGGAGGAUUAUGGUAAAGGAAUCGAUAUAGAUGAUCCAAUGCGUUCAUAUAUUAUAAAAAAACGUAAAAGGGAAUCAAAAAAGGCAAAAAAAAGCAAAAAAAAAAGUCAUUCGGAUGAAGAAAAUCAAAGUAAUCAUGGAAAUCAUCGAAAAAAUCAUGAGAAAAGUAAAUAUGAAAAAGAUAAAAACGACAAAUAAAUCAAGAUUUUAAUAAUAAAAGUUAACAUGAAUUGUUAAAAAUUUUAAAUGAAUAAUUUUAUUUCUUCGAAAUCUAAGUUUAUACAAAUAAUCAAAUAUAUUAAUAUCUGAGCAUUUUCAGAUAUUCAAAAGAAAAGGGAGACUUUAUUUGAAAUCAUUUUCAAUAGGAAUUCCAGUAAUUUCGGCAUAUUGUUUAUAACCAUCAUAUUUUAUAAGGCUAAGAUUGUAUUUUUUCAUGAUUGAACUAAAGCCAUUAUUACUAUAUAACUUACAAUUUUUAUCAUACGGCGUAAUAAAUCUUCCGCCAAUAAAAUGUCGUCCUUUAAAAUAUUGACUGCAUGGUUUUGGCGCGGUUAGUGAAACAAGAAAAGUUGGAUUCCAUUGAACGGUUCCUCCAUUUUCGAAAGGAUCUGUAAUAAAAGUGUUAGAAUUUGAACAAAUAUUUCAUAAAUUACUUUUUUCAAUAUCCCAACCAGACGGUAUAUCAAUACUUGUGACAGGUAUUUUCGUAUGUUUAAGCAUCUAGAAAAAAUUACAAAAAAACAUAAAAAUGCAAAUAUAAGUAAACAAUUACUUCAAUCACUUCAAUAAAUGGAUCCCUUAUUUCGCCUGAAAAGUUAAAACCAAAAAUUGCAUCAAUAAUAUGAUCUGUUUCUUUCAUCGCUAAUGAAAUAUUACUAACAAAAGGAAUUGACAGUUCAUCAAGUUGGAUACACAAUCUCUACAAUUAAUUCAUUAUUUUCAAUCCUACAUUAAUUUUCGCAUACAUCAAAUAGCUCAUUUUUACCCUUCUUUGGAUAAUAAAUUGACAAUUUAUAACCAUAAUGCCAAAGAUGUCUUGCAGCAACAAGACCUAUAUUUAAACAUCAAUAAUUCAAACUUAUUCAAAUCCAUUCUAAACCAUCUC